AUGUAAAUAGAUUAGCGAAUAUUUAAAUGGUUAAGCAGCCAUAAAGUCUUGAGUUUAGCAGAUAAAAUACAAGGGUAAAAUAUGGAGGGAAUUUAUGAAUUGGAUUCAAAUACAACGAAGCAAUUCGAAGUGGGUUCAAAAAUAGGAGAACUUUUAGAUAAGAUAAAUAAGAAUAACCAUAAUUACACAGGGUAUAUGAGUUUAGAUAAGUUAAAAGAUUCAAAUACAGCUGCAUCUCGAUUAUAUAAUUGGAAUAUAUUGACGGAUGCAAUGAAAAAAAUGGGAAUUACUUUAGAUUAAGAUAUUAAGUCAUUAAUAGUUGCAGGUGAUACGCAAAUGUUGGCAGAAGUUUUAAAGGAUAUUUAUGAAUUUGAUAUGAAUCAGCUAGAGAAGAUUUCUAUUCCUAGCUCUGCAAAUUCUUUGAUAUCCAACCCAAGAAGUAGUUUGAAAAGAGGUUUAAAAUCUGCAAAUUAAUCAUAUAAUCCCUACGAAGAGAAUAGAAAACAGAAGAUUGAGCUAAAGCAAGCAAAGUUGGACGGUGAAGCAGGCGUUGAUUUAAACAAUUUAGAUGUCUAAAAGAAUCUAUCAGAAACAUAGUCAUUAUUAGAAUUUUUCUUAAUAGGUAUAUCCAGACACUUCAUGCUGAGACCUAAGUAGGCAGCCACUCUUUUAUCCAACGGAAACAAAUAUUUUGCUCAUGUCUUAGUCAAAGGUUUGAAAAGUGAUUUUAAUCCAGUAGAAAAAUUUUUGUAAGAUAUCUAUGUGAAUGUGAAGAGAUUGCUUUUAUUUAUUGAAGUGGAAGAAGCUAAUAUUCCUAUUAUUUUGAAUACUCUUAAACCAGGUUUAUUAUCUAAAAAUGAAGAAGUUUCUCUUUGGAGUUGUCGUAUUUUUAGUAAAAUGUCUUUUGAUUUAGCCAACUUAGAGCUUCUUGCUCCUGCUUAUGACUGGUUCACUUCAUAAAUGGGUGGUCUAUAUAGUGCUGUUAUGUGCCUAAGAAGACAUCAAAAUUUAAAAGACACGAUUGUCAGUUUUAUGGUUUAAAUCAGCAGAUACAAUUUAACUGAUUUUUUAACUGUUUAACUAAGAAAAAUAAUUGAAAAUAACAAAGAGUAUAUUGAUUUCAUCAACCUAAUUUUUUCAUCAUUAACAAGUACAAAAAUGAGCAAAGAAGAAUUAUUGAAUUCUAAGAUCAUUGAAUAUUGGGUGGAUAAUUGCUUAAAAAUGGCAGAAAAUGAUCCUCUGAAAAAUUAAAUUAAUGAUAGAGAAAGUGCAUUAUCUCUUUUAGUCAAUAUUUGGAAGAGCUAUCCACUAUACAUUGAAGAAACACCUCAGCUAACUGAAAAAAUUUUAGAUUUAUUAAAAAAGGGAAGUAGAGAUAAAAAUUUUUGUCUUUAAAUAGGUUCGUUUGCUAAGUUAUUUGAGCUUUUAGAUUAUCUUGCUACAGAUAGGAAUCCUUUGGCAGCACUAAUUUAUAAAAAACUUACUUUUUCUUUUAUUGAAAACCAUGCUGAUAUUGAAUUAAGAUAAUUUAUUCUUUUAAAUUUUUCAAGAGCUUUUAAAAAAUUUAACACAAUUCCAACCGAAAUAUUGCUCGAGCCUUUAAUAAGAUAAAUUUAGGUUAGCUAAAAUUCAUCUUACAUUUUGAAUAUUUGUGACAUAGAAUUUUUGAGAAUUAGUUCGACUCAUCCAAAAUUAAAAUUAAAAAUGUGCAUCUAGCUAAUUGAUCUGUUAUCUAAAGUAUACUUAAAUGAUUUAGUAUAUUCUUAGUCUAUUUUUGAUCCUAUAAGCUAAAUGAUUGCUCGCUUUGUUGAGGAUGAAGCAUUUUAAGAAUAUUUAGUGAAACUUACAAAGAUAGCUUUGGCUAUGUUUUUUAACAGUUGCAAAAAUAAAAAAGGGAAUAAAUAAAAAUAUGAUAAAUAUGGUUAGAAUUUAUAUGAUGCUCUUAACGAGGCUAACGAAACAGAAAUUAUAAAUGCUUAAAAAAGAGGUUUGAUAAUCUAAUUAUUAAAAUGGAUCAUCGAAUAAUAGUGUUCAAAUCUAAAUGAUUAACUUAAGCCUUUAUUAGUACAUGUUUAUUUAUAGCUCAAGCAAAUUAAGCAAGAAAAUAAAGGAGUUGUGAUGCUUUUAGGAUUGUUGGGAGACCCUGAAGCAAUUAUUUAAGAAAUUGAAGAGCAAAACUAAAUCUAAGAGUAAGAAGAGAGAGACAGACAAGCUAGAAUAGAUUAAUAUAAUUAGAUGUAUAGUGAAUAAUAAUUAGAAAAUGAUUCUAAAUAAUAGCAAAAAAGAUAUUAUAAAGGGGAAAAUUAUGACGAUGAUAAGCCUAAACAAAACUAAGAAAAUAUAUGGGUAGAAAAUAUAUUUGAUAACAAUUAAGAAGGAGAUAAGUAAUCUAAAAUGGAUGAUGAGUUUUAUUAAAAAAAUGGAAUAGGAUUGAAGUAAAAAAAUAGUGAGAAACAAAAAAAGCCAGAAUAGGAAAGAAAUUUGAAUUCAAAGGCUAUCAUGCAAAUAGAGCAGAUUAAAAUGAGGAGAGAAGAAGAAUAAAAAAGAAAGUAAUAAGAAGAAGAGCUUAAGAAAUAAAAGAAAGAGUAAUAAAUAAAAGCCGCUGUAGAAGAAAUAAAUAAAAGAAAUGCCAAGUUAGGAGUUGCCAAAGAAGGAGAUUCUAAAAUCCCCUUAAAACUCAUCUAUGAUUAGAACACUUUGCCUAAAGAUAUCAGCAAAAUUGAAUAAAUACAACUUAUUAAUAUUGAAGAGCUCGAAGAGAGAGACAGAGAAACAUUAGGCAUGGCCUUAAAAAAAUAUCACAAAUCUAUAAAGGCUCUUUUCACUAAAUACCAAAACAGCACAACAACAAUUAAAAAAGGAGACUUCUUUGCUUAAAUGAGAGAAAAAAUUGAUUUGAUUUCUAUUCAAGAUAUUGGCAAAAUGAUAAAAGAAAACGACUUACUUGAUUUGUGUACAAAGGAAGAACUUGUUUAGUUGAUAAAACUGAUAAAUGCCAAGACUGUUGAAAAAGGAGAUACUAGUCCUCUUGAUUUAGAUGAUUUCAGUAAAUAUUUGGUGUAAUUUGCUUUGCUAAUUUACAGCAGACCACCAAAGGAUAUGAGAGGCUGCCAUGCUGGUUAAAUAUUUGAGUAGUUAUUUAAACAUAUUGCAGCUGCAACUAAAAAAAGAGGUGAGAAUUCCUAGAUUUAUUCUAACCCAGAGUUUUUUAACGUUCCUCUACACGAGUAGUAAGAGAUUAAUAAAAUUAAUAAUGCUUUGCUUAUUAAUCGCGAUUAUCCUAUCCCUGAAAAUUAUAAGAAAAUAGUAGAUAAGGAUAUGCAGCUAAAUUAUAGUCUAAACAAAAAAGCGUAAAUAGGUAUUCCUCAGGGUUACCUCUAUGGAUAUUAAAUAAUAAAUGAUUUAUUUAACAAGUUAUUUAAAGUAAAUAUAAUUGAACCAAUAACUAAAAUAACUCUUGUAGACAAAGUAAAACCUAAGCCACCUUCUUAAGCAGGAUUACCUCGUAAGGCUGCAAGUGUUUAAAGCAAAGAAAAUCAAGAAUAGCCAUAAAGAUAACCUCUAAUUAAUAACCAAGAACCAGAGGAAAAGCAAGUUAAAAAAAAUAUGAAGACUGGUUAAAUAGGAAGAUUAAAUAAUUUGAGGAGCUUUGGAGAUAUCAAUUAGUCAGAGCAAGCAGCGCCUCCUCCUCCUAUCCCUUAAUUUAAGUCUUAGCAGAACGCGAACGCAUAAGAAAGAGGAAGGACAAGAAGUCCAUAGAAAUAAAUCAUGAAUAAAGUACUUUAAAGUAAAAUUGAAUAGUAAGAAAAUGAGCUGAAGUAAAAAAAAUCAAAAGAUGUACGGAUUAAGCAAAGAUAAUAAGAAUUAAAAGAAGAGUUAGAGAAGAUAAAGGAACUAAAGAAGGAGUAAGAAUUAAAGUAAAAAGAAGAAGAAAAAUAAAAAAGGUUAGAGCAAGAGGAGGCUGAAAGAAAGAAAAGAGAAAAAUUUUUGAAAGAGCAAGAGUUGAAAAAGUAAAAGGUGAGAGAACAUUAAAUAAAACUAGAAGAAGAAAAAAAAUAAAAAGAGUAGCAUAUCAUAGAUUAAAAGAAAGAAUUAGAAUAGCAAAAGAAAAAAGAAGUUGAUGAGUUUAUGAAAAAGCAGAAGCAAAAAAUUGAAAAAGACCUUUAGGAACUAAAGUUGUAAUAGCAAAAAGAAAGAGAAGAGUAAGAAAAAUAUAAAGAGCAAGAGAGACUAAAAGAAGAAAAAAGAAAGAAAAAGAAUCUCUAAAUUCUCUUGAGUGCUUAAGACAAAAAAAAGAAUGACCCAUAAGGAGAAAACAAAGAAGAAGAAAAUAAAAACGAUUAAAGUGACACACAACAAUAAUAACAAUAAUGA